UUGUUUGCAGCCUUUCGUUGUGCACUUUUCUUAACGCUAAGCAUAAUGAUGCCACAAUGAAGUUCCCAGCAAGCCGCUAGUAAGAAAAACUCAUUGGCUUUCGGUAUGCUACAUAACAACAGAGAAACAGUCGCAAACUUGAAGCAAUUAUAGAAGGUCAGGAUGACUUGGUUCACAUCACUGGACCGCACGAGAGAUAACGCUGGACGGGCCGAGGAAGGACGAUAAGCGCGCGGUUUUUCGCCCUACUCCACGCGGCGCCACUGAUCCACGCUCUAUCGACGGUUGCAGAGAUGUCAACAAAAUGCCCUGCCGUGCCAUGGAGCUUUCACAUUAUCUUCCUUGCCCUCGUCAGUUUCUCCACCGUGACGGCCGCAUAUGACAUCAGAGGCCGGAAAGAUGUCACAUCGACGAACGUCCAUGACUCACCUCCAGUUGUUGUGUCAUCAGCUACAUGGUUAGAUGGAAGUCUAAACAAACCAGGAGAUGUGCACAAGGAGAAAAACUUUAUUGACAACAUCGCUGAACUUGGAACAAGUAAAAAAGUGAAGAGAAGCGACAAUGGUGUUAAGGUGUCUAGGCCCUUUAUUGUUCAGUAUAACAACAAACAGGUGAUGAGUCUACCUGGAGAUUCACCCACUGACGCGUUAUUUGAUUUUAUAAUCAACACGGUGAACGCGGAGAUAGUGAAAAAGAAACUCAGCCAAAUAAAGAUACCCGAUAUCCACGAGAAAUUCCACAAAAGGGUUGGCCAUUCGACCAUUAAGGGAUCAUUCGUGGCACAGAAAGGCUGGUUCAAAUCUCUGUCGUCUCUACAUCGCACACAAGGGAUCUCUGUUUCGAAACGUGGUAGCGUUCUAGCUGUAACUGCUGAGAUUCAGUUGAGAGAGAUGCUGCUCGGUUAUGACGAGUAUAAAGCCAAAUCUGUGGGUCCAAAAGGACGCGUCACUGGCGAAAUUGACCACAAUGCUAUCGAGGUAAAGCUGACUGCAGACCUCACUGGGUCACGUUGCAAACUAGUAUUGGCGGGUCUCCGAUUUAAGAAGUUAAGUAAUCCUAAAAUUCAAGUGACUGGAUUCGGAAAGAAUGGCUGGAUAUUCGCAAAAGCAGUUAUUUCAGUAACUGACACGUUUAAAGGAAAAGUUAUACCUAGUGUAGAGAAGGCACUGUCCGAUAACUUUCAGGCGGUUCUUGGACGAACAAGCUGUUACGUAGAAUGAUUAUGUGAGAAGCUUUCAUAGAAUUGAAAAGCAAUAUUUGAAUAUAUGCAGCUUUCCUGAAAUUACAGUUUCUCAUUUAUUUUUAUAACUUUAUAUCAGUACUACAAGAGUUAUCACUAAAAAUUAUUGUACAAUUGCUGAAAAUAUAUAUUUUUUUAAUUCUAGUUUUCAUAUGAAUCCAGGUUUCUAGUUAACUAGUGUAACUUCAAGAAUGAUAAACUAUGAAAACAAAAAGCUUGCGAUGCAUGAAUCUUGCAUACGAUGAGUAACUGAUUUUCAUAGUAUUGAUUGGUACCUCUGAAUAUUUCAGUUAGUAAAAUAUGCAUAUUUUGUUUAAAGAUGUUUUACUUUAUUCAUGAUCUCAACACAACAGAUCGCAGUAAAUGCAGUUGUCGCAGAGCCAUAAGUAACAUCGUACAUUAAGUAAACGUAGAUAAUCGAUCUUUGUUUGUUUCCAAUAAAUGUACAAACCAAAUAAAAAUAUGUUGACAGAAAGA